AUGUGGCCAACUGUGAAAACGAAAAAUAUAUAUGAGGCCAUAAUGCUCAAGAAAAGAGCAGCAGAAGAAAAUAGACAAGCACAGGAAAAGAUUACUCAGAAAUAUUAUAAAGCGGCCGAAAUCCGAGCUAACAAAGAGAAAUACUGGACAUCCGAUACUUCUUUCAAGCAUAGUAUUCUUGCAUACCUGCAGCCUAAGAAAGAAGAUAUUCUGGAACGUUUGGAAAGUCGACGAAAUAAACUAAGAACUCUACUGCGUGAAGAAAACAAUGCUUUUGACGUAAUGCUUUGCGAAAUUUAUUCUUUAAAGCGUAUCCUUAAUGGUUAUCCUGAAGAAUCUGAUGUAGCCACGGAGAAUAUGAAACAGGAAUACUAUCGACUCGCAGGUGAACGUGAGGCGGAAAGGUCCGAGGCUCAAGCCCAAGAUGCGCUUGACAAUAUGGCUUUCGAAGAGGAACGUGCUGACAAUCGGAUGCAGGAAGAUGCAGUUGAGAAGCAACAGCGUCAACAGAAGAAGGAAAAGGACAGAAGGCACGUCGAAUUUCUACAUGAACAAGUACAGGAGCUGAAGCAACGGGAGCAGGAGGUUAAUGAACUGAAUUCCGAACGUGAGCACCUGCUGGCAGAGAAAGUCAGGAUAAGCGAACUGGAAGAGGAACGACAAGCAAUUGAAGAGGAACGGAGACGGCAAAGCCAGGGAAAGGCCCUGUUGCGCCAGCACGCCACCGCUCUGAGACGUCGUGCUCGUCAAGUACAGGGGGAUAUCGAGACGGAUAUACAAUGGCUCUCUAAGGUGGUUCAACAGCAGAGUCUAAAUCAGGCCCAUGCGCAGGAUGCCGCAGAAAGGUUACGUUCAGAGGGCACUGCUAUGCUCUCCAUGCUGGAGGACGACUUACAACGGGAACGAAAUCGCGAGGCCCAAAUGGUGGACCUAGAUUCACAAGAAGCAGCGGAGGUGUGGAAGAAACGAAACGAACAAUGGAUGCAGGAACAGAAUGCCCGAACAAGACUCCUGAAUGAGCUCCAGGCCCAGAAGCUGGCCGAAAAUGAGUGCAUGCAGAAGCUAGUAAAGGAGACUAGACUAUCCGAUGAGGUCCAUCAGGAAACAACUCGAGAGCGCCAGCAACAACAAACCGAUGAACUGGAGGACCAGCGAUCUGAACGCCAGCAAAACAACAAAACUGCGGACAAGGAGGCCCUCACAAAAAGCGAGCUGGAGCACAAGGUCGAGGAGGCUUACGCAGCAGCGCUACGAGCCGAAGCCGAACGCUUACAGGUGUCAGACUCCUUCACGCCGUCCAAAGGCCGAGGCCAAUCCUUCUACGAUCACCGCCGCAAGACCUACCUCUGGUGA